CACUUAGUCAGGUCAGCCAAGAGGUAUCGAUCACUUGGUCAGGCACUGAAUGAACACCGGCACCCAUACACACAAGACAGACAGACAGAGACACUUGCCUACAUGCACCCACAGCUGCCCACACCGCAUACCACAUAGUCUCGCGCACAAACCAAAUAAGAAACACUCUGGAAGUUCCCUGCACGGACAUCCCUAUCUGCUUUUCGUCGUAUCGUGUGACGUCAAAUGCUUGAUCAAGCAGACUGACACGGGUGCACACACGGCGUUACUCUCUGUUUGGGGCUAGUUUGGGUGGCUGCACAGGCCGAGUCAAAAUGAGCAGGCGAUUGUCUUGAUCGAGUCAUACCAUUCAUCACAAACACACACACAGACACACACGCCGCCAUCGGCUGAAUCAGACAGCGCGACCUCCCUAAAUCAUCCAUCGCCAACACGCAUACCUGGCGAUCCAUCCGCCUGUCAUUCCACUAAGAGCUGCACACAUGAGAUGAGUGAGUCUUGUCUUUCGCUCGAUCAUCCCCGCCGCUGCCUCUCUCGCCUGUCUGCCCAGCUCUUUGUCGGUGACCCGGCUGUGUGAGUGCGAGGGACGGAGGGAGGGAGGGAGGGGGGGAGGGAGGGAGGAAGGGGGGCAGAAGACCCACACAGGCAGCCAAAAGUGGAACGCACGGGUGGAUGGAUUAAUGGAUGGGUUCGUGGCCGAUACGAUCUGGUCAUCAUAUCGAAUCAACUAAGUGGGUCAUGCAGAGAUACACACCCACAUGGACACUCACAUGCAUGAGUGAGCUCUACACAUCUAUUCCAUCCAUGCCUCCAUCCAUCCAUCCAUCCAUCCAUCGUCCACCCGCACAGCCGAGCUACAUCGGCCGCACCCCCAGCCACACUCACGUAUCUGACAUACACAACACACAACAGAGAGACAGGGAGGGGAUGCGCGCGUAUAGAUCGGUCGGUGAGGCUGGCUGGCUGUCUGAGUGGGUCCAGCUGGGGAUGGUCUGCCUGUCUCUCACCUGGUGUGCGGCGCUCGACAGACAGGGUUCUGACGAGCAUGCUGACCUUGCACAGACCGGUGCCGACCAGCUGCGCCAGGAAAGGCUGCUCAACGCGACGAGGCGACCCAAAAGUCAUCUUGAUCUGAGUACUCUUGUGGCCCUGCCGACCAGAGAGGCGCAAAGCAGAUUGCCCAGCAGCCAUCUGUCUGUCUGUCUGUCUCUCUGUCUGUCUGUCUGUCUGUGACUUUUUCGUUGAAUGUGGUCACCAUGUCCAUCACGCGGUUGUAGAAUGUCUCGAGCUGGUCAUCCGCCAACUUGUCUGAAACAGCAAACGAACAGAGCACCGACACGGCGAUUAGCUCCCACUGAUUCCCGUCCCCCCCUCCUUACCCCCCACAUCAACAUCAACAUGCACUUCCUCGAUCGGCGGCAGCUUCGUGGUGUCCUGGUCCCACAGACAGGGGCUGCCGUCAUGGUGGAUGGGUGUGUUAGCCGACAGGCUGAGACCCAGAUACGACAGGCUCCUCUCCCCCCGCCCCCUGGUCACCCGCGCCGUCUGCAGCCCCUCCAGGAAGCGCCACAAUUGACCAAGGGGUGCGGUCAGGGUCUCACCCCACCAGUGUGAUACGACGAUACGCGCCAGGCUGGGCAUGUUGGAGGCGAUCUCCACUGCGCGCUGAAUAUUGGCGUUGCUGGCCAGUGCCUUGUGCUGCAGCUCCAGGGUGUGGGCGGCGGCGAAUGCGUCGUCCCUGAUGGCGGCGGGGGUGGUCUCGUCAUCAUCGUCAUCAGGGUCGACCUUGGCGAAGUCGACGCCGUAAGUCACGGUGCCGGCAGUCUUGGCGAAGCUGCCGAUGAGCUUCUGGGCAGAAGCGGUGCCGCUCCUGCUGCUGAGCGAGAGGAGCUCCGCGUCAAUGCGUCCAUAUGUGCCGUCGUCGGUGAGUGCGAAGACCUCCUCCCAGCCUACCUCGGGAGCCGCAACGGCCUCACUGAUAGCACACGAAGCACAGACAUGUGUUGCGCUGUCCGUCAUCAUGCUCUCUCUUUCUGCAUCCUUACAUGAAGCGGGCAGCGCUCUCCGACCACACCACAGUAUCGUGAUCAUCAUUCAUGUCCCUCACGGUGAUCUUGAGCUCACGAAUGGACCGCUUCGCGCCCCUCGCCACCAUCACCUCACGCAGCCUGUCGACCCCGCUCCUGUCAGUAUCCACCUCAUCCAUAGAUACACCUCGGAGUGUGUGCAGCGCCGCCAGCGACUUGCCGUCGGCAGGCAGCGCACUCAGCAGAUCGGCCGUGGCGGCGAAGUAGAUAUGCUUGAGGUCCAGCACCUCAAUAGCCUCACAGCCGCCAACCCAUGCCUUCAGGCCGUCCAUCUCGUGAAACCAUGACGGAUCCAAAUAGGUCCCGACGAUGAGCGUCGUGACGGCAGGGGUGCGCCACUGGCGGCCCACGCGAGCAGACCUGCAAUCGCUGGGGAUGUUGUCGACCGUCUUGAGUGCCGGGAGGUGGAUGGGGGCGGUGGGUGCAGGGGGCAGAGCAGACCCGGGGGGAGGGGAGGGGAUGCGAAUGCUGUUGUCGAGGGUGACGCUCUCGAACGACAGCACCUCCAAUGUGCCGUCACCAGCCGACUUGCCGCUGUCAUCAGUUUGCCUUGACGAAGCAGCAGCUGCCGCAGCUGUCUCCUCCCCUCCCUCCCUCUUCCGCCGCUUCUGUUUGGCUGCGAUGGCCGCUCGGCCGCUGGCGUGGCCUUCUACCAGCGCAUUCCACGUCCCCAGACACCAAUCCACCUCGCAAUCCUCGGGGUAGCGGUGCUUGAUCUCUCUGAUGUUGGUCGCCCUCUGCCCCCACCUCUUGCGCCACGGCCAGUGGCAUGGCCGCCGACAUACGCCUGGCCUUGUCGUCCUCACAGUCGAUGACCGGGUUGGUGUAGCUGGCGGCCGACUGGGUGAAGAGGCGCGUGCCGAGACGCUGUCGGUAGGGCGUCAGCUCCCAGGGCUGCAGGUGGCCGAACACGUUGGAGAGCUCAUCACGCGACAGACGGCGACGGGCCUGGGGGCAAAGAGAGAAGGCGUUAAUACGUUAAGGUCGGUUUGAUGUAUCAGGGCUAUCAUGGUGUCAUUCUCACCGGUCCUUCGUAGACGGAAGGUGGGAUGCUGCUCCGAUGCACCAGACGAUACGAUGGUCGCCGCACCUGUGACCAGCACAUGCGAUGGACUGGACACGAUGCUCUCGUCUGAAUCUUUUGAGUACAUGAUGUGUACCUGUGGCUGUCGGUCGGUCUCUGCAGCUGCCGAGCUAUUGGCUGGUGGCGGCGUGGGGGCGGCCGCCAGAGCAUCCAUGGCUCCCGAGAGGCCCGACUCGACAGACGACAGCUGAGUGAGGGCGGCGUUGACAAAGGACUCCAGAAAGGACAGCUGAGUGUGCACCAGCAGCGACUCAUGGGACGAUGCCUACGACCGAAGCGCACCAAACCAUGUGCCAUGACCUGCUGCCCACUGCGGACUCUGCGUGUACCUCGGCAGGGUGAUUGGCAGGGUCCAGCUGAUUGAUCUCCGAUAGACGAGCACCAACCUGAUGCAGCCACCGAGAGAUCAAGGGAAAGAACCAUCAACACAGCGAAAGAGAGUGUGGCGUUGGGCCUGUCAGGGACAUCAAUCAUAUCAUACCUUCGAGUGGAGCUGCCGCAGCUGGUCCAGGCCCUGCUCCACACGCGCCGCGUGCUCUUUCAACUAAACACAGCACACAGCACACAACACAGAGCACACAACAUGACACAAGAGCCGUUGGAUGGGAGGUGCUGGCUUGUCUUGUUCGUCAGUCCGCCAUUCACCUGAGCUACAUCCAU